AUGAAAUAAAAAAGCAAUAAUAUAUAAAUACAGAGUUAAGAUAGAUAUUUUGCAUAUCACAAAAAUUAAUAGUAUUAAAUAAUACUUUGCUUUAAAGAAAAAAGUUCAAUUAUUAAGGAUAAUUAUUUCUUUUUAUAGAAUUAUUUUUAAUAAGAAAAAGAAAUCACAUUUACUGAGGAAAAUGGUUCUUAUAUUUAUAGAGGAAAUUUGGAGGUGCCUGAAUCAAAUAGAUGGGAGGAUUUAAAAUUAAAAAUAAAAAUAACAUCUUAAAAUAAUAAAGUGAUAGUUAUUAAUCUAUAUUAAUGGGAUUUCAAUUUUUAUUUUAACCAAUCAUCAAUAGAAAAAUUAAUAAAUUAAUCAGAUAAUUUAGUUGCUAAUGAAAAUUUAAAAACUUUAUUAGGAGUUGAUUCAACUUUUUAAGGAACAAAUUCAGAAUUGAAUAUGUAAGAUAUAUUAUCAGCAAUUUCUCAUUAAAAAACAUAAAUAGAUAAUUUAAGUGAUCAAGUUGAAGAAUAAUUCAAAAUAAAUUAAAAAUAAUUAACAGGCCUAGCAACUUAUAUUGAAUAAUAGAAUUAAAAAGUAAUGGAUAUUCUAUAAGUUUAAUCUUAAGCUGGAAACUUAUUGAAUUUACCUUCCUUAAUAAAUAGUGACCUCUGUGUUUAAGAAAAGAAAAUUGCUGAAUAUAUAUAACAAUUAUUAGAUGUUGAUAAAAGUAUAUAAAAUGUUUUUACACAAUUUAAUCCAAAAAUUAAGUUAACACUAAUAAUGCAUGAACAUAUUUUAAAUAUACUUUCUUAAAAUCGUGAAUUUAUUUAGAGAAUAAAUCCAUUAAUUUUACAAAAACUUUAUUUAAUUAGUAGAAUAAUCUCAAAUUUUUAAAUAAUGGCAAAAUCAAUAAAAGGUUAAUCAGGAAAUAAUUUAUCAAAUGAAAAUUAAUAAAAACUUAAAAGUAUAUGUAAAUAAAUGCUAAAAUAUAAAAAUUUAUAAAAAUAAUUUCAGAAUUAUUUUGAGCAAAUAAAUUUUCAAUUUAAAAAUGAUGAAUUAGAAAACCAAAUAAAAAAUUUAAAAUAUAAUGAAAUUUAGUAUUAAACAAACAAAAAAAAAUUGUAGUAAUAAAUUAGUUUGCUUAAAAAAUAAGUAGAGCAAGAGUAAUAGAAAGCAGAAUAAUUUGAAAAAUAAUUGAAAAAAUAUUAAAGUCAAAAUAAUAACAAUGAAGAGUUGAAGAAAAAAAACCAAUAAGAAAAAUAAAAUAGUAUAUUGAGAGAGAAACUAAAUUAGGCACAAAAAGAGAUUUCUUCAUUAUAAAUAGAAAUAUUGUAAAAUUAUUAAAUUUAAAUCCAUCAAGGAGAUUAAUAAGAGAAUUUUUUAAAUAAACACGUAAUUUAGAAAGUUUAUUUAUUAGACAAUUUUAGAUUAAGAUGAAAAUUGUAGUAUAUUAAAAUUUAAACUAGAUGCUUUCAAGGGUGGGUUAUUAAUUUUAGCGCUGUACAUUAAUAAGUAAUAUAGUAUUCAUAAAUUUAGAUUAUUUAAAGGAAAUUCAUAUUUUGGUUUAGUUGAUAAAAGAAACAGCUAAGGCUAUUUCAAUUUUAUGGGAAAAGAAAUAGAUUAAUAAUUUAGCAAUGAUCUUCCAGUUUUUUUUUUGGAUUAGAAAGCUUUCAAAAUUACUUCCAACAUCAUUCCUACUAAAACAAUAUUUAAAAAUUUUUAAGAAGAAUAUUGUGUUUUAAUUUUUGACACCUCAUUAAAUUCUUUAAGUAUUUACAAAAAGGAUGGAGAAGUCUUAAGUUAUAAAGUUAUCUUGCCAUAUAAGGAAAUAGAAUACAUUCCUUGUAUAAUUAUGAACCAAAACGACAAAGAUGAUAAUAGAAAAGAUUAAUUAGCAUCACUCAAAUUUAAUUUUAUUAAUGUAAAGGUUUGA